AUGCCCAAAUCAUUUCCUCCUCCAUGUGUUAUGGGUGACGAGAGCAUCAUGGCUCCAAAGGCCCAUGGUACCUCUGCCAUUCCUGUUCAAGAGAAGCUACGUUGGGGGUGCGACGUUAAGAAGGCUGACGAAAUUUGUAAUUUCAAUCGCCACUAUGCCGAGCACAGUGGUUACUUUGAAAAGACCACCUUUAAGAAGGAAGCUAGAGAGGCCAGUGGACCGAUCAAGUUCUACGAUUCCAACACUGGAAAACAUUUGUUUACAGCACCAGUUGGUCGUACGAUGAACGAAUUCCUCAUUGAGAGCUCUGCUCAUGGUUGGCCAAGCUUCCGUGACGCUGAGGUGAACUGGGAAUAUGUUCGUUGUCUACCUAAUGGAGAGUCCGUAAGCGUCGAUGGAACACACCUUGGACACAAUCUGCCAGAUGACAAAGGAUCUCGGUACUGUAUCAAUUUGGUUUCGGUUGCAGGCACAGAAAUGUAG